GGUAUAAAAGGUGCAACGCGGAGCUACCCUCUGGUCAGACGUCACCCCGCGGUCAAACAAUUUACUUUGAGAGAAUCCAACUACCUAAACCCACAAUUUGAGAUUUUGAGGAACAAUUAAAGGUCCAAGUGACCACUUCUCCUUAGUGGUUCUUCUUCAUACUUCCUUUUCAAAAGUAGCAUAGAGGGCGCACAGUGACAUUACCAAACAAUACAAUUAAUUGACAACACAACCUCUAAAAACACAGUUCUGAACCGCAGCGAGUUUAAAUUGAUUUAAAACAACAUUAUCCAGCAUUCAAAGUGAAAAAUGAUCGCCGUACACUCAGGUGCUGGUAAUCAUCAUUAUAGUAAACAUCCAAAAUACAAAUUAAGCUGCAAAAAGGCCUGUCGAGCAGGCAUGGCAGUGAUAAAAUCGGGAGGCACAGCUCUUGAAGCCGUCACAGCUGCAAUAAAAGUUCUGGAAGAUGAUCCCAUAACAAACGCCGGCUACGGUUCGAAUUUAACAACAGCGGGUCGUGUUGAAUGCGACGCUGCUGUAAUGGACGGCUCGAAUCUCCUACACGGCGGUUGUGGAGCCGCAACAAACAUCAAAAACCCCAUCGAACUCGCCUGUGAUUUAUGCGUAAGACAAACACAAUCACUGCCUGUGGGUCUAAUCCCACCAUCACUCCUAGUCGGAGACGGAGCACGCUUACACGCUGAAAAAUACGGAAUAACAAGUAAAAACAAACAAUUAAUAACAAAACGAGCUAUGAAGAAACUAUUAAGUUACAGCGCCGUUUUGAAACAAUUAGAGUGCGAAAAUGAAGAAAAGAAAGAAAUAAACGAAGAAAUCCAAGAUGAUAACGUCCGCAUGGAUACAGUAGGCGCAGUUUGUUGUGACCUACGUGGUCACGUCGCAUCCGGUUGCAGUAGCGGUGGAUUACUCCUGAAAAGACCCGGAAGAGUCGGGCAGGGAGCUUUGUAUGCCAGUGGUGUAUGGGCGGAUAGUUUUGAUGCUGAUGGAGUUUCUGUAGCUUCAACCACGAGUGGUUGUGGGGAGUAUUUAGUCCGUACGCAACUAGCGAAGGAAAUUUGUGAAGAUUUGAAGGGUUCCACAUUUCCUACGCCGGAUUUAGCUAAAAGCAUGACGAAUAAAUUCCUUAAUUCGCGAUAUUUAACAACAGCGAACGAUAAAAACGCUGGAGUUUUAGUAACGCAUGUUCUUCCAAGUGGAGAGGGUACUGUCCUAUGGGGACACAGCACUGCCAGUAUGUCUGUGGGGUUUAUGUCCGUUGAUGAUCAAAAACCAAGGAGUGUAAUUUCAACAUUACCACCUGGCUCAACCCAAGGAAAAAGCAUAAUGGUUGGCGGAUCCAACUUUAAAUCCCCAAAGAUGAAACUGAUCAAAUCCAACCAUCAUCAAUAAAAACCAUCAAAAACGUGCUCAAAAACCUGAAAGAAAUCGACGAUGAGUGCAACGAUGAGGAACGCAUCAAACACGUCGAUGAAACCUUCAUGGACGCAAAUAUUUACAACAUUGCAACUCAUGUUGCAUAUAAAUGCAUCCAGAAAGUCAAU